AUGGUUCAUCAAAAAAGGAUUCAAAUAAGAGUCCCCUCUUCUUCUUCAAAUAUAGGACCAGGCUUUGAUGUACUUGGAGUUACAUUAUCAUUAUAUUUAACAUUAACCAUUGACAUUCUACCAAAACAUCAUGAGUUGUCAAAUUACAAUAAAGAUAUAACAUUAACUUAUAGUGGAGAAGGUAGUUCACACGUACCUUCAUCCAUUCACCAAAAUUUAAUCACAAAAACGGCAUUAUACGUAUUAGCUUCAAAUGAUAUCCACGGAUUUCCAUCACCAAUGAUCAUACAUGUUAAUAACGAAAUUCCUUUCGGUAGAGGUUUAGGUAGCAGCGGAGCAGCGGUUGUCGCUGGCGUAAUGUUAGGGAACGUAGCAGGAGAACUUGGGUUGACUAAAGACAGAUUGUUGGAUUACUGCUUAAUGAUCGAGAGACAUCCUGAUAAUGUUACCGCCGCCUUGAUGGGUGGAUUUGUUGCCUCUUAUUUACGUGAAUUGGAUCCUAAAGAUAUUGAAGCUCCUGUUAUUCCUCAUUCUGAAACCUUGGAACGUGAAAUCCCCGACAAUAAUGAAGAUAAGGCAAAGGAUGGACAAGAAGAAUUGAUACCAAUUGUACCUAAAGGAAUAGGACAUUAUAUUAGAUUAAAUUGGGCUAAAGAGAUUAAAGCCAUUACUAUCGUUCCUCAAUUUGAAGUCGCUACGGCUACCGCUAGAGAUGCGCUACCACCAACCUAUGAUAGACAGGAUGUGGUAUUUAAUUUACAACGAUUAGCCGUUUUGACAACUGCCUUAUCACAGUCACCACCAGAUGCUGAUUUAAUAUUUCAAGCCAUGCAAGAUAAGAUACAUCAACCUUACCGUAAACAUUUGAUUCCGGGAUUAUCAGAAAUUUUAUCAAGUGUAAAACCGACAUCACAUCCGGGAUUAUUAGGCAUAUGUUUAAGCGGAGCGGGACCAACAAUUUUAGCUUUAGCUACUAAUCAUUUUGAUAAGAUUUCCGAUACAAUAACAAAAUAUUAG